AUGGUUCCUCGUCCGCUCGAUAUCACCCAGUCGGGGCCAGACUACGCGUCCGGGGGGAUCCCGGGGGCCUCGGGAGUCCCGGCAGAUCGUGCGAUGGCGUUUCUGUCCAAGUCAUUUCUCGACGUGCGUAAGAGCGCGGAGAGCGACCUUAAGCUCAUCAGCACGCGCACGCAGGGCCUGAAAAAGAUCGCAGAGCAGCUGGACGACUGGGAGAACAUUAAACUACCCGCCGUUUUCCCGCUUAAGGACAAGGACAAGGACGUCACGGCCGGAACGCUCAUCCGGAAGAUUAAAGACCGGAGCCUGGAGAUCACGAAGCCGCUGGGUGAGCGAGCGCUGUCGAUCGAUAGCGAGCUCGACUUGUUUUUCAAGAACUGGGAGCAGCACGUUCCGCCGGCUCUUUCCAAGCUGAAGAAGUUCCAAGAUGCCGGUAACGCCGGUCGCGCGUCGGUCAGCCUGAAGCCGUUUGAUGGCCGUCAGUUUAUCAACCUGGACGAGUGGAACAAGGCCGUUAAGGCGCACGCGUGGCCGUUGGGCGAGAACUGGACUGUUCCGCUACAGCGCGCCAUGAAGGAGGCUGCUGCGGCUGCUGCCGCCGCUGCCGCUGCUUCGCCGCCGGCUGCCGGCCCGCGUUCGCCGGCGGAGUUUCUGGAGGCCGUGAAGAAGAACCUGAAGCUGUCGGCGUCCAAGGACUUCUCGUCAGAGCUGCACCCCGACGUGCUUCCUCUGGACGUACCCGAGGUGCUCGAGUCCUUCGUGCGCAACUCUGAAGUGCUUCUGGACCACCUCGGCAUGGACAAGGCCGUGGCGACCAAGGUCCGCAGCACCAUCCGCACGCUCCGCGCGGGCACCGCAGGCAUUGCCGCCGACGCCGCGGCGGACGUGGAUGCGCGCGUGCAGGAGAUCAUGCGCAGCACGGGGUACCGCCUCGACGAGAGCGACGCGGGCUGGUGGAGCGCGCUCGCGCUCGCGCACGCCUCCAGCCAGCACGGCGCAGCGCAGGCGGGCGCGCAGAAGCAAAGGGCCACGGGGAAAGUUGCGGUUAAAGCGGGCGUUUUGAAGAAGGGGGAAGCGCAGGAGGAGAUUCAGCACGAACAGACGCAGCAGCCUCAGCCGCAAACGGCGCAGCAGAAGCAGCGCAAGUUCGCGAUCGUGACGACGGCGAGUCUGCCGUGGAUGACGGGCACGGCCGUGAACCCGCUGCUCCGCGCCGCGUACCUGGCGGCGCUGGGCAAGGGCGUGGAGGUGACGCUGCUGGUGCCGUGGCUGGCGCGCGCGGAGCAGGGGCUCGUGUAUCCGCGCAACAUGACGUUCGAGACCCCCGCGGAGCAGGAGGCAUACAUGCGGAAAUGGCUGCUGGAGCGCGUCGGGUUCCAGCCCGAUAUGAAGAUCGCCUUCUAUCCCGGACGGUUCUCCACGGAGAAGCGCAGCAUCCUGGCCGUCGGCGACAUCUCCUCCUUCAUCCCGGACGGCGACGCUGACGUGGCAGUCCUAGAGGAGCCCGAGCACCUCACCUGGUACUACCACGGCCGGCGCUGGACCGACAAGUUCAAGCACGUGGUGGGAAUCAUCCACACCAACUACCUCGAAUACGUCCGCCGUGAGAAGAACGGCCCGAUGCAGGCUUUCCUUCUCGAGCACGUGAACAACUGGAUGGUCCGCUGCUACUGCAACAACGUCGUCCGCCUCUCCGCCGCGACGCAGGACUUUCCGCGCGCAUCUGUCUGCAACGUGCAUGGAGUUGGAGUCAAGUUUCUCAACAUCGGGCAGCGGGUCGCCGCGGAGAUGCAGGACGGCGGGAAGCCGUUCUCCCAGGGCGCGUAUUACCUCGGGAAGAUGGUGUGGGGGAAGGGGUACCGGGAACUGGUCGAUUUACUCGCGGAGAACAGGGGCGCGCUGGCGGGACUCAAAGUAGACGUGUUUGGCAGCGGGGAGGACUCAGAAGCCGUCCGUGCAGAGGCCAAGGCGAAGGGGCUGAGCAUGAAGUUCCACGCUGGGAGGGACCAUGCUGACUCGAGCCUGCAUAAGUUCAAGGUGUUUAUCAAUCCGAGUCUGAGCGACGUGGUGUGCACGACCACGGCGGAGGCGCUGGCGAUGGGCAAGAUCGUGGUGUGCGCGGAUCAUCCGUCUAACGACUUCUUCCGCUCCUUCCCCAACUGCUUCAUCUACCGCAACCAGCAGGAGUUUGUGGAGAAGGUGCAGCAGGCCAUGGCAUCGCAGCCACAGCCGCUCUCAGACCAGCAGCGCCACAUGCUCUCCUGGGAGGCUGCCACAGAGCGAUUCCUCCGCUCCUCUGGCAUCGAUCACGAGCUCACCCACCUGCUCCCCUCCCCGGUCCCCUCAACCGCUGCUCUCUCCCGCUCGCCCUCCACCCUGUCUCUGACUGCUGCCCCUGCUGCUGGUGCUGCUGCUGCUGGUGACUGCUCGUCUCCACCCACACCCUCUGCUGCUGCUGCUGGUGCUGCUGAUGGCUUGACCCGCCUGUCCACACGCAGCCGCAGCUGUGGCGACCUCAUGUCUGCUUCUUCUGCUACUGCGUCUCCUGCCUCGUCUCCUACUGCAUCGCCUGCUGCCACUGGCAUGGUGCACAGUGCAUCGGCGUUCGACCUCUCUGCGCCCACCAGCAGUGCUAGCCGCAUCGACCGCGUGGUCUCGUAUGCCUUUGACGAGCCGCCACAGACACAGCUCUCCACCAGCCUUGCCCUCCCACAGGAGUCUCUCCUCAGCAGCACCCCCCACGCCUGGAACACCCAUCACCAGUGCCAGAACCAGGCCAACCAGGCCCACGUCCCCUCCCAUGCAGCAGCAGCCCACUCGCGCAACACACUUCUCCCCAGCGCAUCUCUCUCUCUGUCGGUCUCUGCCCCGGACCUUACCGACCUCACGGAUCGAUUCCUGUCCUUCUCGCAUUUCAUGGCUUCGGGGAUAGAGCCGGCCCGCCUGGCCUCGGGUGCUCUCCCCAACACCAUGCAUAUUGACGAGGAGAUGUGCAAGGACCUGGGCUUGCCCCACCCGUGGGCGCAGCGGCCCUCGUAUGGGUGGUGA